AUGACGCGCGGGGUGUGUACGUGGCAGCCUGCGCUGCUGUGUGAGUGCUUUGGCGUCACGGACGCGGUUCUGGAGGUCCUUGUCGAUACCUCUGUGCUGUCAGCGCAGACUGCGGGACCUGAGUUCACGGGCACAGCGAUAGCAGACGAAUUCGCUGGUGCAAGGGCGGGAGCGACGCAAGUGGAGAGUGAGGGUUCCGGAAGUAGCAAGCGCGACGUUGCGAAUAUCGGCAUGGGGGAAGAUGAUGGGCGGGGGAUGAUGUGCUCACGUAUGAGCGUCCUGGGAUGGAUAUUUUUAAAGCAAUUUUUACAAGUGAUGAUGAGGAGAGCGACGAGGAGAAGGAUUAUAUGAACAAUGUCGAUAAGGUGGACGAGCCCCCUGCCGUCUAAACGAGGCCAGGAUGUCAAGGCACUGCCAGCGAAUGGUAUCGUGGAAGAUGUAGACCUGGCUACGUUCAAGCCUACCUUCAUACUCAGGGGAUCCAAACCGAAAGACGCGGAGAAGGAGAAAAAGAAAAACAAGAAACAGAAGAGUUCUAAGGGUGGACCGCUUGCUUUCUUUGAUAUGGACGAGGAUGGCGGAGAGUCAUUGUCGCUCACUGCCGUGCGCCAAAAACACCGAGAUUGGGAUAGCGAGAGGCCUCGGAAGAAGAAACGGAAGGAUGGAGAGGGGGAUGGACAUGAUGAUAUGUGGGUUGAAAAGCCUCCGUCGUAUAUCGUGGAAGCCCUGCCUAUCACUGAUGUGUCCUCUGAUGAAGGCAAUCAGGUUGGACAGGAAAGCGGACCUCCCGGUGCUCGUAAGAGGGCAAUCGAUUUCGUGUAUAUACAGCUUCGAAAGCUAACGUCGAUUUUGGCGUCUCUUAUAACGCUUUACCAUGAUGCAAGUAUCACCAUGGAUGUGCGGGUAAGUAACAUCUGUACUAUCGUCAUUGGAUGGGAGGGGAUGUACUCUGGAAGCUGUGGAGACAUGAACCGGACGCAUGUACGCAGUGCAGUCGAGGAAGGCGGUUAUAACUGGUUGGUUGGUUGCUACAACGGGAGCGAACUACCUCGUGUCUUGGGCGUCUCUCUGCAGCUUAAAGAAAGACACCCAUAGUCCCUCAAUCGUGCUCAACACGAUCAACCUCCCAGUAAAAUGCCACAGCUCAUCGCAAGCACCACACUCAUUCGAACUUUUCAAGGUCAUGAGGAUACCGUCA